AAGAGCAGUGUGCAGAAGACGCUGCGUGUGUUCAUCACACAGUGAAAACAUUCACAGAUCCACACGAUCAGAUACUGAGCGCUGCGCUCGGAUCUCCAAACUUUCAAAGACGCGAGCGAUGUGGACAGAUGUGCUGCGGAUCCAGAUCUGAAUCAAGACAAAAGAGAAGAGGAAGAUCACUGGAGGAGAAGAGAAAGACAGAAGGCUGUUAGAAAGUGAAAAUAGAGGAAGAAAAAGAGAGAUUUGAUGGAUCCGUUGCCUAUGGAUUCAGGAACAGUGGACGAGUUGGUGGACUUCUGCAUACAAUCCUUUGACAGUGAAGGCACUAUUAAAGAUCCCUCCUUUGUGAAAAUGUUUCUGAUGAUGCAUCCUUGGUACAUAUCCUCCACCGAUCUGUCCAAGAAACUGCUGCUAAAGUCACAGGAAGGCAGCACUGAAGACAUCAAAGCCAAAAUAUGCCACCUCGUCAAGUACUGGAUAUCCGAAUUUCCAGUAGAGUUCGAUCUGAAUCCUGCUUUGGCUGACCAAAUAAAAGACCUGAGAGAGAACCUGAACACUGGCGGCAAUGAAACACAGAGUCAACUGAUUGAUGUAGAGAGUGUGCCCUCGUAUAAAUGGAAACGACAGGUUACCAAAAGAGUUCCAUCAAUAUCAAAAAGGAGAAAAAUGUCUCUUUUGUUUGAGCACCUGGACCCCGGUGAGCUUGCUGAACAUCUGACCUAUCUGGAGUACAAAUCCUUCUGCAAGAUAAUGUUUCAGGAUUACCACAGCUUUGUGAUGCACGGUUGUACGGUAGAUAACCCCAUCCUGGAGAGGUUUAUCACGCUCUUUAACAGCGUCUCGCAGUGGAUUCAGCUGAUGGUUCUGAGUAAACCCACCGCACCGCAGAGAGCUGCUGUGAUCGCACACUUCUUACAGGUCGCACAGAAACUACUGCUGCAGCAGAACUUCAACACGCUGAUGGCGGUGGUCGGGGGUCUCAAUAACAGCUCCAUCUCUAGGCUGAAGGAGACACAGGCAAACAUCAGCAACGAAACUAAUAAGAUCUUUAACAGUUUGCAGGACCUGCUGACGUCUUGUGGAAACUAUAGUCGGUACCGGCGCCGAUUCGCUGAAUGCACUGGCUUCCGAUUCCCAAUCCUGGCUGUAAACCUGAAGGACUUGAUAGCUGUUCAUGUUGCUCUUUCGGACUGGACAGACCCACAGAAGACUCGCGUCAACUUGAUUAAAACUCAGCAGCUCUUCAGCAUCCUGCAGGAAUUGGCUCUUGUGCAGAACAAUCCUCCUAACAUCGAGGCCAACACAGACUUGCUCAAUCUACUUACAGUGUCACUGGACCAGUAUCACACAGAAGAAGAGAUUUAUCAGCUCUCAUUACAGAGGGAACCCAGAGCUGCAAAACCAGCAAACUCAUCCUCUUCCUCCAGUCCAGCUCCUCAACAGCUCUCAAUGAUUGACGAGUGGGCAGCGUCAGUCAAGCCUAAAGCUAACCCUGCUAUCAUCAGCAAUCAUAUCGAGAAGAUGGUGGAUUCUGUGUACAAGAAUUUCGACACAAACGGCGACGGCUUGAUCUCACGUGAAGAGUUUGAGUGUAUCAGGAAUAACUUCCCUUAUCUCAGCAAGUUUGGAGAACUCGAUAAAAACCAGGAUGGACAGAUCAGCAGAGAGGAGAUGAUAGAUUACUUCAUGAAGGCCAGUUCUUUGCUCAACUGCAAGAUGGGCUUCAUACACACCUUUAUUGAGACCACAUAUGUGAAACCCACCUUCUGCGAACACUGCACAGGCUUUAUAUGGGGCUUUUAUAAACAAGGAUAUAAAUGCAAAGUCUGUGGUGUGAACUGUCAUAAAGCAUGUUAUGGACGCCUGACGGUCGAAUGCCGUAAAAGAACGAAGAGCGUCAGUCAUGAGACUCCACCGUCACUGCAGUCCAGAUCCUACAGCUUCCCUCUGCCCAGCAAUGCCCCGUCUAACUCAGUCAUCUCAGAAGAGGAUGUUGAGGCGGCUGAGCAGGGCGUAUUUGACUGCCACCUCUAAACUGGGUGUACAGAUUUUUGGCGACUUCAUGAACGGUCUUGUGUUGAGCACAACAAUGUUGAAGGAAACGAGAUGUGGAGUUGGGCUGAACUGUGGGAUGGGACAUGGACAUGCUGCUGUCUGCUGGACUCAAGCUGCAACUGAUCAACUGCCUCUUCCCUGCUCAAGUCUGAAUGUACUACCAAACGUAUCGCAAAAAUCUCAAGCAUAUUUGUAGGGUUUAUCAUUAUGGUGUACUUUCACUGUAGUAAUAAGAUCUUUUUGUGAAUGCAACUGAACUGGAGCUUAAUGUCACCAAAGCAGUUUCAGUGUAAACUCAUGCUGGUGGCAUAGAACAGGUGUGUUUGCAUCUGAAAUAUUAUGCAAUCAUCUGUAAUGUUGUUUAACCUUUGAAUUUAUUGAAUCAAUCAAAAUGGGGAGAAAAACAAAAUCCCAAACUUUUUUUUGUUUUUACCAAAUGAAUGUAUCUUGAAAGAGUUAACUGCAAUAAAAGAAGUAGUUGAUAUUUUAGCUAUAACUGAUGUAUCUGUGUUGAAUGCUGUGAAAAAAAAGAUCUAUAUUUAAAAAGAAAGAUUAUUAGAAUUAUAUAGAAUUAAAAGGCCCUCCUUUCACACCACAAAUAUUAUGUGUGAACAAGAUUUUGAAAUGAAACAAUGAAUUUCUGUAAAGCUGUUCACACCAUGACCAAACAUUCGCCUGUCAAAGUUUGUUUGUUCUUGGUUUUUUUUCCAUCUGGUGAACGAGUACGUUGGAAAAUGAGAUAUCAGCUUUUGGUCACAUGUCCAGAAGCUUUUCCAGCCACAUAUCUGAGCAUUUAACACUAACUGA